AUGGACAGCCUCUCCGCCAUCGCCAUCGGUCUCGCUCUUCGUCCGCUCAUCCAUUCCCUCGUCCACAACGACGUCCGCAUCGGCGGCUCCCUCAUCGGCCUCUGGGAAGGCGCCGUCCUCUACCACUUCCUCGACAAAUGGCCCCGCUCAUACGACCCCUACGUCGCCCUCGCCUUCCGCCUCUUCGUCGACUAUCUCUUUACUGAAAGCGUCUCGCGCUUGACCAUCACACUGCUCUGGGCCGGAAUGGGG